UCCCCCCUCCUCUCCAACGGGGCAUUAGAGCCAUCGUCGGCACCGUGCCAUGCCCCGUUCUAGACAAAUCAAAUCAAAUCAAAUCGAAUCCAAUCGAUGCUCAUAUCACAAUCCCGCGCCAGGAUCCCAUGGCCCCUCCUCGUCCUCGUCCUCUGGGGCGUCGCAGUUGCGCAGGACUACGAUGUCCCAGGCACCCCAGGAAUCCAUGAGGGGCCCCCUCCCCCACCCCUAGAGAUUGAGCAGUGCAAUGGGAUAUUCUUGUCGUACACGUUCGAGGGGCGGGAGAAGGAGUACCCGCACGUGAAGAACGUGACGGCCCAGGCAUGGGCGUUCAAGGCCACGGCCGCGAUCCUGAACGCCGGGGCCCAGGAGCUCAAGUCAUGGAAGAUGUUUGUGGGCUUCCAGCACGACGAGCUCCUAGUGGCCGCGGAGGGGGCCAUUGUGGUGAACGGCGAGGGGUUCCCCAUCCGUGUGGGGAAGAACGGGACCGUGCUGGCCGGGUACCCGCAGGCGGACCUCAAGACCGCCAUCGAGACGGCGUCGGAUUUCGGGCAAAUGCAGGUGCAGGUCACUCUUAAGGGGACCCAGUUCGGGGUGGCCGAGAAAGCCACCCCUAUGCCUAAGUCCUUGAAGCUUGUUAAUGAAGGUUACAAAUGCCCCGCCGCCACUCGCAAAGACGGGUACAUGCACGUGUGUUGCAAAAAGGAUCCGAAGUUUAAGGACAAGAAGCAGAAGACGAAGUACACCCUGCGCACGUAUGGUGACCUCCACUUCACCUACGACGUCCUCCGUGCCUACGAGAACAAGUACCAAGCGCAGGUGACGAUUGACAACAUCCACCCCCUCGGCCGCCUCGACCAGUGGAACCUCACGUGGGAGUGGAUGCGUAACGAGUUCAUCCACGACAUGCGCGGCGCCUUCACCCACCGCAAGGACCCAUCGGAAUGCAUCUUCGGCCCACAAGGCCAGUACUACAAAGACUUCGAUUUCUCGACCGUCAUGAACUGUCAGAAGAAGCCGGUCAUCUCCGACCUUCCCCCAGAGCUCGAGAACGACGAAAAAGUCGGAAAACUCCCAUAUUGUUGUAAAGACGGCCUCCUCCUCCCCAUCACCAUGAACAAGACCAAAGCCCGAGCCAUUUUCCAGAUGGAGGUUUUCAAACUCCCGCCCGAUUUGAACCGGACCGCGGUCAGCCCGCCUCAGAACUGGAAGAUCACGGGCCGGUUGAACCCGAACUAUAAAUGUGGACCGCCGGUCCGGGUCGACCCGUCCGAGUUCCCUGACCCGCGGGGGAUCGAGUCAACCGGGUCCGCCAUCGCCAGCUGGCAAAUCAACUGCAACAUGAGCCGGCCGAAGCCGAAGCAGAACCGGUGCUGCGUCUCCUACUCUGCUUUUUACGCGGACGGGGCCAUCCCGUGCAACACGUGCGCGUGCGGGUGCAACGACGAGAACCCGCAGUGCGACAGGGACACGGCAGCGCUUCCUGUCCCACCUAGCAGCUUACUGGUUCCCUUCGCGAACAGGACAGCGAAGACGGUCGCGUUCGCGAAGAUCAACCAUGAGAAGCUGCCGAGGAAGCUGCCCUGCCCCGACAACUGCGGCGUGAGCAUCAACUGGCACGUCGACUCCGACUACAAGACGGGGUGGACGGCUAGGAUGACGGUGUUCAACUGGGAGGAGGACGCGUUUGUCGACUGGUACUCGGCUGUGGAGUUGAAGCGGGCCUUCCCCGGGUUCGAGAAAUCUUACUCGUUCAACGGAAGCGUGAUGAGCAGAGUGGACAACACGAUAUUCAUGCAGGGCUUGCCCGGGAUGAACUACCUUGUCGGGGAGGUCAACGGGACCCACCCUGGCAAGGAUCUGCCCGUGCCGGGGAAGCAGCAGUCGGUGUUGUCGUUCUCGAAGAAGCAUAUCCAUGGAUUGAAGAUAGCGCACGGGGACGGGUUCCCGACGAAGCUUUAUUUCAACGGGGAGGAGUGCGCGCUUCCGAAGGUGUUGCCCAAGGCUGCUGCCCCGGGCUUGACGCCCGCGACAGCAGUUUCGGCGCUCUUGCUUGCUGUGGUUGCUUUGCUUCUUCUUUUUUAGCUAACCAUCACUUAUUCCGUUGAUUUGUUCAUGUAAUAAUAUUAAACCUAAUUAAUAUCAGAGU